CGGUUUAUUGCAUAAAAUUUCACACGCAUUGCAUAUGCAGCCGGCUGAAAAAACAGCAACAGAAAUAAAUGACGGCUGCCGGAAUUUUUUCCUUCCCAGUCAUUUAUUUAUCGGCGCUAGGAUUUUUUUAUGCCACUUGUGCCCGGAAAUUUUUUGGAGCCACACUUGCUCUCUCGUUCCUCUAUCGCGGUAUGACUCAGCGUUCAUACGCUCGCUUUGGAUAGAGUCCAGUCUGCGCAUCGCAUCACGCAUCCGUUGCCAGUAGAGAUCGUUUUAUUUCGUUGCUGCGCAAAGACGUUGCAGUAAACAAACACCGGUUCGCCGGUAUUAUGUCCAGAAUUCCCUUAGCCGCGCUCCUCCUGCUGCUGACCCGGCACCCGCCCGCGGUAAGCAGCGCGCGGGCGAGCAGCAGCUGGUCCAGUUCCCCAUCCUCCCCGUCUUCCUCUAGCUGGGGCAGCAGCAGCCGCUCCAGCUCGCCGUCUUCCUCCUGGAGCAGCUCCAGCCCGUCGUCCUUCUCCCGCUCCAGUCCCUCACCAUCUUCUUGGUCCAGCCCGUCGUCCUCCUCCCGCUGGGGCAGCUCCGCCCCCUCUGGCGCCUCCAGCCGCUGGUCCAGCCCACCUUCCCCAUCAUCCCGGAUCUCGUGGUCCAGUCCGCCGUCAUCCUCCCGUCCCAGCCCAUCCCCGUCUUCCUGGUCCAGCCCACCGUCGUCCCCGUCCAAUUGGGGCACCUCCCGGCCGGCCGGACCCACCUCCUCCGCCUCCCGCGUUCCGUGGUCCAGUCCGCCGACACCCUCCCGGUACAACCCAUCCCCACCGUCGUCCUCGUCCAAAUGGGGGACGUCCCAGCCUUCCGGACCGCCUUCCCGCGUCUCCAGCCCUCCGUCGUCCUCCUGGACUUCCCGGUGGCUGCCCUCUCCCCCAUCUUCACCUCCGGCGUCGCCUAAAUCCAGCUGGUACCGGGUCCCCUCUCCGGCGCCAUCCUCCAGUAAAUGGGGCAGCAGCGCCCCAAGCGGCAGUCGCCCGGCGUCCGCUUACGCCGCCGCCGGUAAAGCGGCCGUCAAGAGCGCCUCCAAUCGGCCGCUGGUCUCCCCCGGCAAAGCCGCACCGGUCCGCGUGGUCCCGGUCAUCACUAACCCCGGCGUCACCGUCAUCAACAACUACCGCACACCCAGCAGCUACGUGGUCACCAGCGACGGCGGCUUCUAUAACGGCUACCUCCUAGGGCGGAUGCUGUCCGGCUCGUCACGCCAUUACUACUACGAUUAUGAUUAUUAUAACUACUAUGUUCCGUAUCGCUAUAAUUACCGCCCGUACGAUACGUACGACGCGUACCCGCCGCCCUCUCCGGUGGUGGUUGUCAAUGCACCCGGCACGGCGGUUCCGUUGACCACCACGUCGGCACCUGUAGCAAAGUCCAAGAGUUUUUGCGCACUGGCGCGCUGGAAUAUGGAGCUGCCGUUUAGCGAGCUGCCCAAUAUGGCGCUGCAGUUCCUUUCCAACGACAGCGUUUCCGGUGCAACGUCUACCGACAAAGCCAAGUUUAUGUUUGAACUUUUGAACGGGACGCUGCAGUCGUACGGCGACCUGCCGGUGUCCGCGGAUGUCUUCCAACUGGACAGCAGUUUGAGCGUCAGCCAAUGCGGCUUCCGCACACCCAACCCGCGCGCCCGAUACGCCGGUGCCCAGCGCGCCGCUGCACCAAUACAGGAAAAGAAGGCCGUCAUCUGUGGAUUUUCCCAGAAAGACCAGAACGGCGUUCGGUCGGCAUUCGAUGUGGACUGUGAUCGAUCCAAUGCGAGUAAUGCACCGGAAGUGGACGAACCAUUUGUUAUCAGUAUUAAUAAUCUGCUGGCCAAAUACGCCAGCCCCGCGGGCGACACCUCGGACCUUUUCUCCGACGUCGUCAGCGCGAGCAAGGCCUGCCUGGGCGACCCGCAGCGCCUGAACAACUGGCCGGCGUCGUUGUACCCGUGUCUGGACUUUGCCGUAGACGCCGCGCAGACGACCGCGUUGCACAACGAGGACUCCAUGUUCGGCAACGAAGAGCUAUGCCGAAAACACCUGAAUCCCGAUAUAUCACAGUGCCUCCGUGGCGCCACGACGACCAGCUGCGGUUUGAACGAACUGACCAAUCUGCAGGUCCUGGCGCGCAAUUUUUAUCUGUGUGCCGAACCCGUCGGUAGCAAUCUUCUUGAUUACGCGAAUAACCGUCCGUCGGCCCUGUCUGCCGCUGACGCAGUACCCACCGAGGACAGCACCACAUGGCGGUCGGCCGCGGUGCCGCUAGUGCCGCAGGUGGUGGACGCCGCGGGCGACAAUUCCAACCGGAUUUAUCCUUACCGCUCCGGCUCGGUGCGAUGGCCCGUGACCUUUAACUGUAUACUGCUGUCCCUUUGGAUAUCCGUGUACAGCAUGCCUUUCCUCUUCCGGAUGCCGGUGGGAUAGCGCACCAUCAGGCUAUGACAGGUUCCAAAAAAGCCUGCACAGUGAUUUUUUUGAUUAUGUAUUUGCAGUUGUAAGGCACGUUUACCGAAUUACGAUUGUGAAUUAUUUCUAAUUGCCUCGCGACAGGCAUUACUGCAGACGC